GUUCAAACAUGACGCCAACGCGUACGCGGUGACGCACUAGACGAAGGAGGCAUUGGAGGAGGCGUUUUUUGUAAACAAGUUUGUUUUAAUAUUUAAAAAAAAUAAAAGCAGCGCAGCCGUUUGACCAGAAAUAACUACGGCACGCGAAGAAUAUUUUUUCUUAUUUUUGUUUAUUAACAACAAAUUAAUAUAUGAACCCGAAACUAAGCCUAGCACACAAGCCGCUAGCUAGCUAUUAUCUUUAGCUAGCAGGUUAGCUUAAAUACUAUGGAUCCGUUAAGCAUGGUUGAGGAUGAAGUGGUCUUGGAGGGACUGGACGGAAUAACUUUUCCCUCUCUGUGGAUCCGACUAGAAGAUAGAAAGCCUGCUUUCCCCCUCAAGCUCGACGACCCCUCCAAGGACUUCAUCUGGAAGUCACUCAUCAGCAACACCGAGCUGAGGUUCUACCAACUGCGGAAGGAGAGAGACGACGUGGUGCUGUUUGACAGGUUUAAGAACAUAGACUCAGAAACGGACAUCGACAUCACGCAGAGGUUUUCUGAUACGCGGAAAGACAUCUACCCGAUCAUCAUCACCCUAGAAGACAAGGACGGGCUACAGGGCUCGUGUGCACUCCAAGAGAGGACAGAUGUCACUCAGCACCUCCGCUCCGAGUCCCUCGCCCCGUUACUCAACUUGAAGGAGGCUUUGGAAAAAUAUGGCCGAAAGCUUGUUGUCGUGGCGUCUCAGUUGCUGCGAUUCAGAACCCUCAUUGGCAUCGGCAGCGACCCUGAUUUGAAACUCAACGACGACUCUUUCUGUUUGCUGGAGCGAGUGGGCCGGGCUCGGUGGCAAGGAGAGCUCCAGAAGGAUCUGCACGGAGGCACUUUCAAGGUCGAUGCCCGGAAGUUGCACUACUUGCGGAAGUCUCUCGUCAAACACGGACUCGUCACCAUGCAGCCUCACGUCACACGAGUGAAUACGGGUCAAAAGCAAAACUCCAUUCUUCUGCUGCUCAAACGUUUCCAUGUAAACAGGAGGACGAAGUACGACAUACUGAUGGAGCACAUGUCCAACCUUCUGAUGCAGUCACCUGAUCAACUUUCCACUUUAAUGACUCUCAAAGAACAACUUUCUAGCGUGAAUGACCAAACCUUUAAGCGUUUGACUCAAUACAUGCGAUCUGCUAAGUUCGUUGAGCUCUGCCAGUGCCCUCUGGAGGACUUGGAUCCCACCGCCGGGCCCUGCAUCAACAAAAAAGGGGAUAAAGUGCUUGUGCGCUGUUUGAAACUGUUAAAGCCAUACACAAAGAAGGGUGUCACCGAGGACGACGACGACGAUGACGACGAGGACGAAGAUUACGACCACAGAGCUCUCCCUUCAGAGGGGCGCAUCAUGGAGACCGACACCCUGUCACAGGCCUAUCAACUUGUGUUAUCCCGUGGCACAAAGGGAAUCACGCGGCGUGAUGUCGAGGUAAUAAUGCGUAUCGGUAAGCUGGAAUCUCGUAUGAUCUGCCGAAGGCUGGAGAGGGAGGGGGUGGUUAAGGGAUUCAUGGUAGAUGUCGGUCGUCAGAGGACUACGAGAUUCAUCAGCCACAAGUGUGUCGGUGUGAGCGAUCAACUCCAAAUGGUUGCGAAGGAGCAGGAACGGAAGAUCCUUCUUUACUCUGCGGCGCCGACUAAGGUAUCGGAUGCCGAACCGCCGGCCCCUAAAACGUCGUCCGCCUCCAAGUCGACCGCCAAAGCGGCAAAGAAGAUUCCGAAAGCGGCCGGAGGAGGAAAGGAGGACGCGGAGGAAGCCGGGCAGACGUCUGGCGACAGAGAAGUGGGUGUAGCAGGUGAAGGCUUGGAUGGAGAGGGAGGGGAAGCAGGAAGAAAGACGGCGGAAGGGAAAAACGAUGCUAAUCCGACACAACCUGAGAUCCCCGUCGCACAAACGACACCAGCUGAAUCCAGCAGCGACUGCGCGACCAUCACGAGACCCGACUCGGCGUCCAGUCCCGGAGCGGAACAAGCUGCAGCUGAGGAAGGAGAAUCCAACUCGAGUCCUGCCACUCCCCCCUCACCUGAGAGGGAGGAGUUGAAUGCAGCCGACAACCCAACGGAAAACGACAUCGAGGUCGUUAACGAUGUUUGCAAGCAGCAGGGUCGUAGAAAACGUUCGUCGGUGAGGUCUCAUGAGACGUACCGCCUGUUGAGGAGGAGGAACCUGAUCAUCGAGUCGGUCCAAACCUUCAGAAUCAUCGAGGGUCUCUACCAGCUCCAGAAGAUAAUCAAUGAGGAAGAGAAGAACGAUGGAAUCAACACAAAGUGUUGUCGGAAGACUAUUUUCCGUCUUGUAGACAAUCUGUCGAGAGAAGGCUUACUGAAGGUGUACAAGACCACCAUCAUCCAGGACGGGAUCAGCAAGAAGAUUGAGAUGGUCGUUCAUCCGUCCGUUCAGCCCAACGAUAACAUCGUGAGCCAAGUUAUAGAACAGGCCCGCUUCAAGAUCUCCAGCUCUUACUCGGCCGUGCGGCUGCAGCACGCCGAAGAGAAAGCCAGAGAACAAGCCAAAGGGGCCGAGGGUGGGAGCGGCAGCACGUCUAAGGACCAAAAGAAGAAUAAGAAGAUAGAGGUGGAAGAGUUCAAGCCCACGCCAGUUCGGGGGUUGGGGAAGUCAUUAGGCUUCCAGCCCAAGAUGCAUCGUCUGCGUCUCGUCCAUAACUUCCUCUGGUACCUGAUUUACGGGCACCCGGGCCGACACCAGUCCACCGGCCUCCAGCCCAGCACUCAAACGGCGGCGGGCGCAAAGUGCUCCGACCCCGAAGCCAAACUCCCGAAAGAGUCCGCGAACGAAGACGGACAAGUGUCCGAAAAAGCCGCCUCCGGCUCGUCCGACCAACAAGCGGCAGAGUCGUCUUUGACUCGGUCGGAUGUAUUGUCGUCGUUGUCGUCAUCAGGCGAUGACGAGGAGGAGGGGGUGAAGGAUAAAGCGGCGCCUCCACUCUUUCGGUGUGACUUGAAAGAGUCCUGGAAGAAAUUCAUUCCUCCUCUCCGAGUACACAAGGACUUCGGCAGCGGCUGGGCGAUGGUCGGCGACGUGCUCCUCUGCCUUCCCCUCUCCAUCUUCAUCCAGGUCAUACAGAUCAAUUAUGAGGUGGACGGACUGGAGGAAUACCUGAACGACCCCGUGAAGCAACACCAUCUCAUCAGAGAGCUGCCCGCCAGAAUGAAAAGACAGCUGCUUUUCAAACGGAAGUACAUCUUCUCAUUUCAUGAGAAGCUGCAGAAGUUGGCCUACAUGGGUCUGCUGCAGUUUGGUCCUGUGGAGAAGUUCAAGGAUAAAGACCAGGUGUUUGUGUACCUGAUGCGCAAUGCCUCCAUCGUCGACACCACCAGCGCCGAGCCUCACUACUGGCUGGUCACCGAGUCGCCCGACAACCCGUUUGAGAGGCGGCGGUACACCUUCGACACCACCGAAGAUGUGGAAAACUACUGGUUUGAUCUGAUGUGUGUCUGCCUCAAUACGGCACUGGGGGUGAUCCGCAGUAAGAAGAACGCCACCGAUGAAGGAACGGCUCCUCCCUUUGUGCAUGAGCGCUACGUGUUUGUGGGAUUGGCAUACCUGCUCAAAGGCGGUCGUGAAGUGACCGAAGACGGGUCGAUACCAGGAGACGGUAAAGGAGCCGGAGGUCUACACUCUGAGUUCUUCGCUCACCUUAAACGCAACUGGCUGUGGACCAAUCACCUUCUCUCUGUCAAAUCGGCCCCGAGUGGUUUGGGGGCGCAGGAGACUAAACUCCGACUGAAGAGCCUGUUGACUAGAAAUGCUCUCAGGAUUGCUUUUAAAGCUGGAGGAUCGACUGCACCUCGCUACGUGACCGCCAAGAGACCUCUGAUAACAGAAAUUGUGGAGCUGGAUAUUGAGCCCGCUUCCAGAAACCAGCAGGUGGUCGGAGGAAAGAAACAGAAGAGGAAGAGGACUAAAAAGGCGGUUGUCAAGGCCCCACGCAAGAAGAAGAAAGAGCCGAAGAAACGCACCCCUAACCACGACGAGGCGGACCACCGAGCUUUAAAGAUGAUGACCAGACAGAGAGUCUACUGGUCCGUCCAGGAGGACUCGAUGAUGAUGCUCUGCAGUGUGGCCACACACCUGCUCAACGGCAAAUUAAAGAGGCCGUACAGUCCUCACUGUGUGGUGAGGGACCUGCUCCAAGCAGAGUUUUUGAUAUCGAUGGAUAAAACUUCCCUCGCCGUCGGGCGUCGCACCCGAUACAUCCUCAAAAACCCUCAGACGCUUCUGAACUUCAGGAUCUGUCUGGCUGAGGUGUACCAGGACAAACCUCUGCUGAAGCUGUUGGAUUCGAAGAAACCUGCCAAUCCAGAAAAUCCAGAUGAUUGCGGUAAAUCGUUCUCCGAGUACGCCAAGCUGCUCAGACAGAAGUUCAGCGCUGAUCUUCUGAGCACUCGGGAUGUGGUCAUGCCUGACACAAAGCGCCAGCUCUUCUCACGGUAUAAGGUUUCGGCAAUAGAGAGCAGGAAGCGGGUGUCAUUGAAAGACACUAUCAACUGCUCAGAUGACAUUCAUGCCAUAGUGUUGCACAACUUGAUCCAGAGCACUCUGGCCAUGACCAACUGCCAGAUGAAGUCGUCCAAGUCCUUUCAGACCUUCCACAUGUACAGUCGGUAUAACCAGGAGCUGCUGUGCCAAGAGUUCAUACAUUGCAGGAAGAAGGGUCUCGUCAGCCGCCGGCGUAUCAAUCAGCCGUUUGGGCCGAAGAAGAACCGAGCGCUGCCCAUCCUGCCCAUGUCCUACCAGCUGUCCCAGUCCUACUACAGGUGUUUCUCGUGGCGCUUUCCUAACCUGCUGUGCACCGAUGCCUUCCGCUUCUUGAGAAGUCUAAUCGACAACGGGAUAAGAGACGGGCCGCACGUUUUUGAGUUCUACCACGAGACCGAGAAAAGGUCAGAGAACGGCGAGGAGGUGAUGGAGAGAAGAGCGGGCUCGGAGAAGAAAAAAAGACAGGGGAAGGAAGCUGGAGGAGGAGCAGCGGGUGAGCCAGAGGUGCAACCAGAUGCAGCGAACGGCGACGCCACGAAGGAUGGACAGAACGACCAACGUGACGAGGAAGGAGGGAAGAAGUUGACGGAGGUGCACGACGGGGAGGCGAGCAAUGCGGAUGAACAGAAAAAGCCAGGAGACGUCCUCACAGCCGGUUCCGGUGAAGAUCAACCCGGCGCAGAGCGGACGGACGACGCCCUGCCCAAAGAAGAGCCACCUCAGGUUUUAGCGGAGCCUCCGGAUGUGUCGGACAUGCUGCGGUUCUCCAUGGACUCUCCGGGCGGAGCCUGCGCGGUGUCUCUCAGCCUGAUGACGCUGGGGCUGCUGAAUGUCUCCAUGUCCAUACCGAAACAGAUGGUGGUGGUGGACAGCAACCUGGUGGAGAACAACGCCGUCAAGAGUAUGACGGCGGCUCUGGAAGAAGAUGGGGACGACGAUGACGAUGAUGAUGGGCAGGAGUGUGAGGGGAGGAAGAAAUUAGAAGUGAAGGCACAUCAAGCGUCUCACACCAACUACCUGAUGAUGCGCGGCUUCUGCUCUCCUGGAAUAGUCAAAAGACGUAACCUCAACCCCAACGACAGCAUCGUGGUGGAGUCCUGUAUUAUAAGGUUGCAGCUGCGCCAAACACCUGCUCACCACCUGUUCAAUACGGAGAGCUCCGCCCUGCUGGACUUGAUUAAAUGCGGCCGACCCCUGCUGCCCUCCAGCCUCUCCUACUUCAUCCCCUCCUCGCCCUCUCCGAACAGUGUGCAGGAGUGCGACGGGCGGUUGAUUCAGCAGAGAGGAUACACUCCUCGGGACGUCGAAGCAUGCGCUCAGCUCAGGAGGAGCUUGGAUGCAGCUGGAGAGAACGGCGUGGCCAUAUGUGACCUCCACGAGACGCUCUCACACCUGAAGGAGCCGCAGUCUGGACGCACCAGGAGCCUGCAGCAGUACUUGGAGGAGUUACAGGAAGAAGGCCAGGUGAUAAAAGUCGGGAGUUUGGGCGUCCGUUGGGUGCUCACGCAGCACGCCAAUUCGUGGCUGCUGACUGUAAACUCCAAGCAGUGGGCCCAAUCGCGCUUCUCGUCCGAAAGACUCCCGUUUUUGAAGACGGACCGCAACAUCCCCUUAAUGCGUAAGAGAUCCAGGCCAGGCGUCCGACAGAGGGCCGAGGAACCGCCCGCAAAAACAAUGGCCCUGGACGAACGAGGAGAUGAGGACGGACGGGGCUCGGGGGGCUUGCCGAGCGACGCAGCGAGAGGGGAACCGAACGAGGAGGAGGAGGAGGAGGAGGAGCAGCAGCAGCAGGGCGAGCGGGCCGAUGGGGGAAGCGGAGACAAAUCGCUGAACUCGGACGAGGAGGGAGGAAAGCCGACGCGGCCCGAAGAGGUCGGAGAGCAAGCGACGGUGGAAACUGAGGGGAGAGUCCGAGGGAAGAGCACAGACGACGCUGGAGAGGGAGGGGCGCGCUCUCGUCCGCCGACGCCAGCCGGCGAUCCCAAUGCGGAAAACGUGAGCUUCAUCAGCCGGCCGUGGCGCAUGGUGGACGGCAAUCUGAACCGGCAGGUGUGCAAGGGCAUGCUGGAGGCCAUUCUGUACCACGUCAUGUACCGGCCCGGAGUCACGCAGCAGACACUGGUGGAGCAUUACAAAGACGUGUUGCAGCCGAUGGCGCUGCUCGACCUGGUGCAGGCACUCGUGGACAUGGGCUGUUUGACGAAGAGGACGCAGGUUAAAGCUCCUAAGCGCUCGCUGUUCGCCCGGCCUCCCGUUCACCAGGCGAGCGCGGAGACAAAGGUGCCGGUUGAGGAGCUGAGCGAGGUGUUCUACGAGCCCACCAUCAGCUGCUGCGUGCUGCUCAGCCAGGUGUUGCCCAACGAACGCCACUGGAACUACGGCAUCCCGUGAAGGUCAUCCCGGACCUCAUCUGGCGUCACGAUGUUCGGUAGAUGAUGAGUAAAAAGUUGUUGGAAGCCUAAAUAAUGUUUUGCGUCAUCGGGUUCUCUGACGGUAUUCCCUUCUGGUUCUACAGAACGAGGAUUUUUUUUUUACUUUUUUUUUUUUUACAUUUCUGCUUCUCAGAUUUUUUUUUCGUUGCCGUUUUAAAAAAAUAAACAAUGUGAAUUCCGAGGCAGAAAAGUCUGUGUUCCUAUUUUAUAUGCUAAAUAACGUUUACAUUAUUAAAUAAAAGCACAUUGCAUGGCAUUCUCGACUUCUACUUGUCUUGCAGAUCAGUGUUCAUGUUGGUUCCAUUGUUAACGCGUUGCCAUGACAACGCUCGUACUCCCCGAGAGGAAAUCGGUAGAUUUUGAGUUUUCUUUAAAACAAACAAAAGUUAUAUUUGCAAUCACUUUUCCCCCCUCACCAAAACACAUUGUGUGUAUCCUUGAAGCCUUAAAACACACUUAGUCAGAGCUUUACCCAACAAUGAACUCUUGUAUGUUUAUUUACAUCUGUGUACGUACUUCUUCCCAAACGCAUGUUAAUAUUUAAAACAGGUUCUCUGCACUAAUAUU